AUGCAAUCAAGUAAACUUGAAGAUGAUUCAGAAGAAAAUAGCGAAGAUGGAGGUUCGAAUUCCGAAGAUGAAUCUGAAGAAGAAGAUGAUCAAGACGCAGAUGAGAAGCCAACAAGUGCAGCGAUUGGUGAUCCACAGCUAAGGCUCAUCAAUAGGUUAGUUGAACAAAUCAACAAUGAUGAAGACCCUUCAAUUUCAACUAAAAAUUACAAAUUAACUGAUAAAUAUGGUAAACCUCAAGGUAUAAUUGGUAAAGGUGCAUACGGUUUAGUUAAAUUGGUUUCCAAAACUGAUUCUGCAACUAAGAAGGAAAUUUAUUAUGCUGUUAAAGAGUUGAAAAAGAAGGAUAAAGAAGAUUCAAAUCAUUUCAGCACAAGAUUAACUUCAGAAUUUGUUAUUUCAAAUGCAUUAAAUCAUAUGAAUAUAGUGAAAACAAUCGAUUUGAUGAAGAAUUCAUCUGGUGCAUAUUCAGAAAUCAUGGAAUAUUGUUCAGCUGGUGAUUUGUAUUCAUUGAUUUUGGCCACAAAUGGAGAAGGUUUACAUUAUUUGGAAGCUGAUUGUUUCAUGAAACAAAUCAUGAGAGGUUUAUCCUAUAUGCAUUCAAAAGGUGUUGCACAUUGUGAUUUAAAACCUGAAAAUAUCUUAUUAACUACAAGUGGAGUUGCCAAAAUUUCAGACUUUGGUACAAGUGCUGUUUUCAGAACAGCUUGGGAAAAAGAAUGUCAUUUCAGUUCUGGAGCUUGUGGAUCUGAACCUUAUGUUGCUCCCGAAGAGUUUGCCGUUAAAGAAUAUGAUCCAAGAUAUGUUGAUGUUUGGAGUGCAGGUGUUGUUUAUUUAACAAUGAGUACUGGUGGUUAUGUAUGGGAAAUUGCCAAAGAUGAUGAUGAUGGGUUAUAUGAGAAAUACCUUGCUUCAAGACCUCGUGAUGGUAAAGCAGGUACUUUUGAACCAAUCGAAACCAUCAAGUCUGGUGCAUAUUACAAAUCGAGAAAAGGUGUACUUUAUGGAAUGUUGGACCCAAACCCUAAAACAAGAUUAACAUCUCAAGAAGUUUUGAAAUCUUCAUGGUUACAACAUACUGUUUUGUGUGAAGCUGUACAGUCUGAGUAUCACUUUUAA